UAGUGUUGGUAGAGGAAUGAAAAACCAUCUAUCUACAUUAUUUGUAUAUUGUCAAUCUCUCAAAAUUAAAAUUAUAAUUAACUAGCUACUAUUAUUACAAUGGCACAAAAAUUUGCUAGCCUUUUCACCAUUUUCCUUGUGGCUAUUGUUGCUCAUGACAAUUCAUUCUACUCCACCAAAAUUCAUGUGAUGGCCCAAGAUGCUGUUCUACCAAACCUUUUUCAGGUAGAUCCAGUUUGUUACAAACCUUGUAAAACACACGAUGAUUGUUCUGGUGCCUUGUACUGUGAAGCCUGUCGGAGGGCCGCGGGGUCAUGUGGUCCCUGGCGGAGCCAGGAUUUUCAAUAAGAGGGUUCAAUAGAUUGCAUUGAUUUGAAAGCUCAACGAAAUAGACACACGAAGUAAUUGAAGUGGGUUCGACAUCUACUAUAUAUAUAUACAUAAAAUAUUAUUGUCUUUUUUAAGUGUUUUUCUUCUUUUCAACUUUUAGUCCUAAGUGACCAAAGUGUGAUACGAAAGAAGAAAAAAGUAUAUAUGUGUUUGAUAUAUGCUUUGUGGCUAAUAAGAAAAUCGACUAUGCUUGUUGAUUUGAUAAAAAUAUGUUAUCGAGCUAUAAUGUGUAAUCAUCAAAAUUAAAUAAAUCGUAUUAUGUGUGUUAUAUA